UUUAAAAUACCCCUAAAUCCAGUUCAUGAAAUGUGAUAAAAUCAAAAUAAGUUUAUGACAUGCAUUUGUAGAACAAUACAAAUUAAUAUAUUUACUAUAAAAAUAGAAUAUAUAGAGAAUUUUGUGGCAUAAACAUUGCAGUUGGGUCCAAAUCCUAAUCAGUAAAUUUAUGAAGCUUCUCUAACAUUGAGUAUGUAGUGAGUUCCUAACUUUGAAAAUGUAGUCUUCACAGUUUUGUCCUAGAAUCUUAAAUGGAUAUCUGAUUGCUUAAGCAACAACAACAACAAAACCCAGCAAAAAUAACCUGGGCACACCUUUGAUGAGGCUUAGGCAGGUGGAUUUCUGAGUUCAAGGCCAGUCUGGUCUACAGAUUAAGUUUCAGGGCAGCCAGGGGUACACAGAGUAACUCUGUUUCCAAAAACAGAAACAAACAAAAGCACAAAACUGAAAAAAAUUGAAAAAUGUUAAUAAAAAUCAGAUAUUAGGAACAUGUUACUUUGAAGAAAAGAAUAAAAUGCUAACAAUGUAACAUUUGGUGAGAAAGUCAGCAUCUGUUGGUUUAUUAUCUUGAGACAGCUUUUUUUGUAUUAUGCAGAGAAAAAUGGGUUUACUUUGUGGGAGCUAAUAGUUAUCUGAAAAAGAUGAUCAAAGUAAUCGAUCUACUGUACUUCAAGUAAGUUUUAUUCUGAAGAAUAAAGUAGAUAAGUUCAACUUUUGAACUUCUGAUCCUUCAAGUGUUGAGAUUACAGGCACAUACUACCACACCUGAUAAUAUUUGUUCCUCUGAGAAGGGCUGUGGAGAUGGCUCAGUGAAUAAAGUGUACUUGGUGCACAAGUGUGAGGACCUGAGUUUGCAUCUUCAUAAUCAACAUUAGUCAGGGAUGGUAGUGUGUAUCCCUUUGCCUAUGAUGAGAUGGUAGAUGGAGACAGAAUCCCUUGAAGGUACUGGGUUAGCCAGCCUGGUGUUCACAACAGAGUGGCAAAAAGAGACCCUGUGUCAAACAAGGUGGAAAUUAACCAUUGAGCUUGAGGUUUUCCUCUUAUUUCCACCAGCUGACCAUGGCACACAUCCCUACAUUCACAUGAAUGAAUGCAUACACACAUGUAAGUAGAAUGUGAUAAUCUUAUCAGUGCUUUAAAGAAUAGAGAAUAAAUCCAAAGAUGUAACAGUAUGACUUGGUUGUUUUUUAUUUACAUUUUUAAUUUUGUGUGUGUAUGGAUAUGUUCAUGUGUAAGUCAGAAGACAACUGGGAUGUUUCUGUCCUUAAGGCCAUGUUAGUCCCUAGGAUCAAAUGUGGGUGUCUAGGCUUGGCAGCAGGACAUUUGCUGGCGAUCCAUGUCAUUGGUCUAUUCAUUUGGAUAGACAUAGUAGGGUUUGAACUUAUGACCUCACACAUGCUGGGUAAUAGGCUCUACCACUGAGUUACUAUAAUUCACAUCUGGUGGCCGAAGCGAGCUCAGUAGUUGAGUUGUAUUUCAGAGGACAUAAGUUUGGUUCUUAAAAUAUAUGUUAACUUAGAGGGCACGGGUUCUAUUAUCAAUAUCCACAUGGCGGGGUAUCCUACCCCCUCUGCCUUUGUGGACACCAGGCAUGUGUGUGGUGCACAGAUAUACAGAAAAAUAACUACAUGAAAACCCAAAAUUAAAUACCUUCUACAGUGAUGAAACAUAUAACAGAAUUUGGCAAUUUAUGUUUUAUAAAAAUUGUGUGAUAUGUAUAAUUGCUUAAAUACAUAGUUUUUAAAUUACAAGAACUCAAUAUAUAAAAUUUCUGAGUUUGGUCUCAGAACUUUUAAGAUAAUAUAUUUAAGUCUAAUAGUUCAUUGGUAGAAAUUUUCGAUACAGUUUAUUCAUAAAAAUAAAAAUUUGAGAGUUUGGCAUGAUGGUGCUGUAAUCCCAACACUGGAAUUCAUAGCUGUGCUACAUAGUGAGUUUCAGGUCCUUCUGAGCUUAUGCAGUAAGAAAUUAAAUCAGGUGAAUAGAUGGGAUCGUGACUGUUAAAGGCAUAACUUUUGUUUCAAACAUUUUACUUGGCAAUGUAUUUGCAUAUAUUAGAUUUAUUUUCUUGAUUGUCCCUUCCUUGGGUUAAUACUAAAUUUUACUGAUGGUAAAAGUAGGUUCCUGAGAAAAUAUUCUGAAUUAAAAUUUUGGUGAGAAUUAGAUAUCUAAGUGUAAAUAGUUCACAUCUUCAUAGGUGAGAAUUAAUAGUAAUUAUGCCUUUAUUAUAUAUACUUUUUUUAAGAAAAUGUGCCUAUUUAUUUGCAUGCCUGUGCUUGAGGAGGCCUGAGAACAAACUCAGGGUUUAUCCCCAAAUAACAUCCACUUCUAAGUUGAUUGCUCCCUGGCCAGGUCACUAGACUAUAGACGGGAUGGCCAGUGAGCACCUUGUUUCCACCUCAGUUUUGAGCUUAUAAUCCCAUUGUAUCAUGUAUUGCAUUUUUAUGUCCUGGGCACUUGCUCAAGUCCUUGCAAGGCACACACUACUAAAUCACAUUCUUAGCCUUUUACCAGCUCUAUACUAAUUUUUUUAAUAAAUUUAUUUUAUUUAUUAUUUAUACAAUAUCCUGUCUGUAUGUAUGCCUGCAGGCCAGAAGAGGGCACCAGACCUCAUUACAGAUGGUUGUGAGCCACCAUGUGGUUGCUGGGAAUUGAACUCAGGACCUUUGGAAGAGCAGGCAAUGCUCUUAACCGCUGAGCCAUUUCUCCAGCCCCCUAUACUAAUUUUACAAAAGGUUUUAUUUAACAUCUAGAGAUAGAAGCCUAAUGUUUAAUUGGUCUUUUAAAAUACCUUUCUCAUUUGAGAAAAUUGUGGUCUGAUGUUUAUGUUGGUCACAGCCUUUUAAAUGACUUUGUGGCUUGAACAACUAACCAUAAAGAAUCAGAAAUAGUCUAUUCAAAUAUACCUGGAAAAGCAACAGGCUUCCAAUUCUUUAAUACUUAAUACUAGACCACAUAAUGUAGUUUUAGUUACUCAACAAUUCUUUGUUGUAUGUGGUAAUAUUUCUGACUAUACCUUUGUGGUAUUUUAUAUUAUGAGAUUUUAAGUCAAGAUAAUUUGAAUUUUGCUUGACAAAAUUUCUCAACAUUUUAAGUUGUGUAUUUUCUCAACUGAGGAAAAAUACUAGAGGUGACAAUUUGCUUAAGAAAACAGCCUUUUGACAGAAAUACCAUGAGAAACUUGAUUGAGUCCUGCAUUUUUUUUCUUACCAUGGCAUAAUAUUCGUUUUAAGCUUUUAUUUGUUUUGUUUCAUAGCUAGCCCAGGGAUUUUUUUUGUUUUUGUUUUUUGAGAAAGGGUUUCUUUGUAGCUUUGGAGCCUGUCCUGGAACUAGCUCUUGUAGACCAGCUGGCCUCGAACUCACAAAGAUCCGAACUCACAAAGAUCCGCCUGCCUCUGUCUCCCGAGUGCUGGAAUUAAAGGCGUGUACCACCACUACUGGGCCCCAGGGAUAUUUUUAAAUUUAAACUGUUAAAAAUUAUCCUUUUUUUCAGUAGUAGUAAUUCUAUACCAGGAGUUUCCUUGGUGCAUGACAACCCUACUUAGAACUAAAACUUGGGAUUCGCAUUUUGAAAUUUAUAAAAGUUCUCUGAGGAUCAAGGGCAGAGGAUUGUCUUAUUUAUUUUGGUAUUUCAAGGCAGGGUUUCUUUGUGUUACAGCCCUGGCUCUAGCUUGAACUAGCCUUUCUAGAAACGGCUGGCCUUGACUCAGUGCUGGGAUUAAAACCCUGAGCCACCACUGCCCUGCUUAGAGAACUGUCUUAAUUGACUUAAUUCACUUUAAGACAAUUAUACAGACUAUUAGAGAUAAAAGAUGUUUGAAAAUAGUACUGGUGUGUAAGAAAGGCUAUCAGGUUUAUAUGUUACUAUUUCUUAUAAAAAAAGAUUUUACUUGAAAUAUUUUUGAAUAAAGUUAAUUUUAAACUCACUGGAUAAGUGGAAUGCUGUUUAAUACUUUUUUAUUAGUGUUAUUUGGAUUUCCAGAUAUAAAGAGGCAAAAAAAUGAUUUUUGGGAAAUUGAUGCCAUGGACAGAUUCAGAAGUGACUUUUCUGGUCCUACAAAAUUGAGUAUAUGAGAGGUUGAUGUUAUGAGAUGAUCUUGGAAACUGGGAAUUUUAGAUUUGAUGGCUUGUAGUUGGGAGUGAAUGAGCUGGAAUGGUUGGGAGGUUUAACCAAUGAACUUAUUACAAGGUUCUGAAGCAUAAAGUAGUCAGGUGUUUGUUGAUUUCAGAUACAAAGUUAAGUCAAAGGGCAAUAUUAAAAAAAGUUAAGACUAAAGUGAGGAAUGACUAAAAGUACUGUAGGCAUUUUUCUUUUGCUGUUAGUGAGAUAAUAGCACUCAAUUCAUGUUCAUGUAACAAUUUGCAGAGAUGACUAAAUCUGCAUAUGCUUUGGUGAAUGAUGUAUGGGCAGAUUAUUUGAAAUUGGCUUUUGGAGAAUAUUUGGGAACAUGUAAUGAUGAUAAACGUGGUGAGCCAAUUUUGUGCUGUUCAAAAUACCAUAUUUUUCUAGGGAGACUAGGGAAGAAAGAACAAUAGUUGGGUUUAACACCUGUUAAGUGCUUAUAUAUUGGUACUUAUUCAGUUUACUUUACAUAUGAAUUUAUUUAACCUCUAGUAAUCCUAAGAAAUAGUUUCAUUUUGUUCCAUUUUGUAGAUGAAGGGAUCCAAGCAAUGGGGGAUAAUCUGGGAAUGGUAAUUGGAGCACUGAAUUCUUAGUGCAUGUUCAUCAUUUAUUGGUAUAAUAAGAUAGUGUUUUAAAUUAUAUCAAUAUCCCCAAAAUUGAACAUUUAUGUUAGUUAUAGACACAGGGCCUGUUUGGGUUUUUUACAAUGCUAUUUUAAAGUGUACUAUUAUUCAUAGACACCAUGGGGAAAAAUUCUCCUAAUUGGUUUACCUGAUUACAAGUAAGUUAUAUGCUGUUGUUUUCCUUAAAUAUUUGUGUUUUGAAGUUAUCUUCUGGUACUAUUUCCUUCAUGUUUUUCUUGGUAUUUUCAUCAUUCUCAAAGUCUUUAUUACUAUAUCUUCUGAUAGCUCAACAAGCAUUCCUCAAGAACCUUUAAUAUUGCUUAAAUAGGGAUUGUGAAUUUUAAAGAUGGCAGUGUUUAUUAAAGUUUUGGAUUUGCCCCAAAAUAAUGCUUCAAAGAAUUAGUAAUAACUUGUAAAACACCUUGUUUUAGAAUGAUGGUUCUUAAAAUGAACUCUGUGCUAAGUAUAACAAGUGAGGACCAUAUAAAAAUGUAUGGUUACAUUUAUUAGAAAUGUUCAGAAUAGGUAAAUCUAAAGAUAGGCAGGCAACUACUGAGUUGGUGAGAUAGGGUAAUUAGAGGAUAAUAGCUGUAAGAUAUUAGGGUUUCAUUUUCAAGUGACAGUUUUCUCAAAUUGUGAUGGAUGUGUAACUCUGAAUAUAUGAAAAAUUAUUUUAGCUCUACACUUAUGAUGAAUAUUAGAAAUUAACCAGGUCCUUUCCCCAGUGUUUGUGUAGCACUGGUUGUCCUGGAACUAGCUUUGCUGGCCUCGAAAUUACAGAGGUACACCUGCCUCUACCUCCUGAGUGCUGGAAUUAAAGACAUGUACCACCACUUCCUGGCAAAAUUAACCAGUUUUUUAAAGAGUAUAAUUCCGUAAUUAUUAGUGAAACUGUUGGGAAAGAUUUUCAGAUUUUUAUCUUUCUAAAUGCUUGUUUGUUGCCAAUGCCUGUUCCACCACAGCCCCAGGUAACUACUAAUCUGAUUUUUAUCUAGAUUUGCCUUUUGGCAUAUUUCAUAUUGGCUUUUUAGGGCUGUUUUUUCCACCCUCUUGUUCACAGUUAUUUUAUAGUCUUCCCAGUACGUGUGUAAUUGUCUCAUUGUGGUUUUAAUUUGCAUUUUUAUGGCUAAUUAUGCUGAACAUCUUCUAACUACUUAUUAGCCAUUUUUACUCACUUUGCUUUUUAGACAGAGACUCUAGCCCAGAUGGGCCUCAAACUCUUGUUUAGUGGAAAAUAACCUUAAAAUCCUGGUCUUACAGCUAGUUUCUAAGGCUGGGAUAUUAUACACAAGACAAGCAUUCUACCACUUUAACUAUAUUGUAACUUCCCUUUCAUUUACCUUUAGUAAAACAUUAAGAUGUUUUGCCCAUUGAAAAAAAUUAGAUUGUUCAUUGCUAACUCUAUAUGUGUAUUAGAGACCAGCCUCAAACUAACUAUGUAGCAGCAGGUGGUUGUAAAUGUCUGAAAUCCUGACUCUACUACUGGGGAGCUGAGGUUAAAGCCUUGUGCUUCCAUGCCACUUUUAUGUUUUCCUGAGGAUUGAACUUGGGGUCGCUAGCGGGCUAAGCAAGCAGUGUAUCAGUUAAGCUACAUCUCUAGUCAUUUUUUAAAAAUAAUAAUAUAUAUUCAAUACAAGUAUAUAUAUAUAUUCAAUACAAAUUUUUCUUUGAUAAAUAUAUGAUAUGCAUGUAUUUUACCCUAGUUUGUAACUUCGGUUGUCACCUGUCUGACAAUUUCAUUUGUAGAGCAAGUUAUUUUGUGAAAGUACAAUCUAUAUGCUUUUCAACAACUUUACCUAACCCAAGGUAUUGAAUGUUUUUUCUUAAAAUAUUUUUAAGAACUUUGAUUUUAUGUAUUGAUUUCCAAAUAUUUGUAGGUCAGAAGCUAAAAUAUACAAUAUAAAAGGACACAGAGGGCCAGGUGGUGGUGGCGGCGCACGCCUUUAAUCCCAGCACUCUAAAGCCACAGAGAAACCCUGUCUCGAAAAACCAAAAAAAAAAAAAAAAAAAGACACAGAGGGGCUCCCUUGCAGCUUUUCUCUUACUGUCUUAACCCUCCCUCCCUUGGGAAGCAGCUAUCAGGAUAAACAUAAACUUUAUAGAUCUAGUCUGCUUUGCAUUAACAAAACAAAGCCUGAGAUUUAGGUCUAGGGUUAAUUUUUUGUAUUGAUAUAAAUAUUGUAUUAUCUAUUGUAUUGCCUUUGUUCCUUGUCAAAAAUAAAUUUUGUCUGUUGCUUGGUUUCCUAGUACGUACUUUUCUUUCUCUUGUUGUCUUUUUGUUGAGUAUUUUUCUGGUCUUUGUUUCUUGGUUUCCUCUAUAUUUUGAUUGUCUUUCUUUCCUUCCCCUCCAGUUCUUUUUUCAAAUCGAAGUAUAUGAAUAGGAUUUGUUGAGGUUUUAUGUACCCAUGUUUAAAGUUCAGAAGAUGUAAAGAAUUUGUAUUUUGUCUUUACUUGUAAAAUAUGACAAAAUGAAUCAACUUUUUAAUUGUAAUCCAAAAUAUGUCUUUCUUACUUGAACUAGCGAUCUUAAAAAAUGAUGGUUUCCCUAUAACCAAACAGUAUAGUUUAGAACUUGUACAAAGUUCCUGUAUAUUAUGGUUUCUUUAGAAAAGAAACAAGGUAAUAUGAAAUUGGUAUGGUAAGGAAAGUCAAGAUUUUAUUCCUUAUCAUGAUUUUAUUUCAUUCUUAAAUUAUAAGUGAUGGUCCCUGUUUCUUCUAUAGACAGCAGUCUUAAUUACUGCUGACUCACAUAGAAGAAUAACAGUUUUGAUAGCUACUUUACGUUACACCAUCUUUAAAGUCAACGUUUUUCUUUCAUUUAGAGUAUACUAUUUUUUUUUUGUCAAACCCAUGUAGCUAGGACCUUACAUAUUUAAUUUAGUGUUAUCACUGUACAAAUAGGAAAAGUACAAGUUUAACAUUUCUAGAUCAAUAGGAAAAAAAAAGCUUUUGACUUGGGGAUGCUGGUAUUGAAUCUAGUGUACAAGAACCUAGUAUGCAAGCUUUAUUACUGAGCUGUAUGCCCCUAAAACUUACUUUUUAACACUUUAAGUAUGAGGGUUGUAUUUUGGCAUUUAAGUAAAAAUAGUCCUUGAUGUCAAAACAAAAUAAUAAAAAUGGAGCCCCCCCCCCCAAGAUUCAGAGAAUUUUUUUCUGCAAAGUACACUAACAUGUAACAACAUGUCAAACAUGUUAAUGUGCCAUCAAAUCUUAAAUGUACAUUUUUAAAAGUUUCUGUUUAAGGUAUUUCAUUUCAUGCUGCUUUCAUUGUUUCCACUUUUUGAAGAUUUAUUUUUUAAAUACAUAUAUUUGUGUGGGUAUGUGCACUGUAUAUGAGUGCAGAUGCUCAUGGGUACCAGUGGAAGUACAGGUGGUUGUGACCCACUUGGUGUGGGUGCUGGGAACUGAACUCUAGUCUUUUGCAGCACAUGCUUUUAGCUGCUGAGCCAUUUCUAGCUCUCAUUGUUUUCAGUUAAAAACUCCCUGUUUUUGUUAGUACUCUGCAGCAACUUGACAUUCUUCAAGAAUUAUAUUGGGAUUUCCUAGUAGUAUGAGUGAAUUUAUUUUCAGUGGUCCUUGUAGACAAUUUUUUAAUCUAGAAUUAACUGAGUUGACUUUAUUCUUAUACCUGAAACAGUUGCUUAGCAUUUUUACUUUUCUUUAAGUGAUCUUUGUCCCAGCAGAUGGAGGUCCCUCCUCUUCUCUUUGUCUUUUAAAAAAGAUGUUCUUAGUACUAAAGAGAAUUAAAUACCCCACCCCUACUUCCUUUAAACUCUGGAGGGCUUUUGAAGGACAGAAAUUAUUUGGAAAUUCUGGGAGUGCUCUCAGUGCUUUUCGUGGAGUAAGCUGUUUUACACUCGUGAGGCUUUUUAUAAUCUUUGCAGCCUCCUGAAGUAACUUCCCCAAGCUUUUCUUCAGAUCCCCAGAGUUCAGCUGCUUAGUCACUUUUUAUGCCUUUAGCUGAUUUUGAUAGUCCUACCUUUCUGUAACUGUUUAAUUUUUUUCUUCCCUUGUUUCUCAAGUUUCUUAUUCUUUGGAGCAUCUGCUCUUCGUUUUGUUUUUCCACAGGGUCCUGUCUUGUCCUGCGCCAGUCAGCCUCUUGCUUCUGCUUCUGGAAAUUGCCAAGAUUCUUCAGCCCUGCCGCACCUGCCUUCUGCCUAGACCUUGAGCUGUUUCGGAUACCUGCCUACACAACUUGCCGCCAUUGCCUAGUCCUCCCUGCAUUCUGUGUUUUCUUCUUUUUCACCCCUCUGUUCCUUUCUCCUCAUCCCAUGCACAAUGAAUAAAGGAUGGAAAAACUGCGGCCAGAAGUCUUUGAGUGAGGCAUCAAUGGAUGAAUAUUUAGGCAGUUUAGGGCUGUUUCGGAAGGUGAUUGCCAAGGAUGCCUCUUGCCUUUUUCGGGCUAUUUCCGAGCAGCUGUUUUACAGCCAGAUCCAUCAUUUACAAAUCAGGAGAGCUUGUGUCUCAUAUAUGAAGGAAAAUCAAGAAACUUUUGAGUCUUAUGUGGAGGGAUCUUUUGAGAAAUAUCUUGAACGGUUGGGAGAUCCUAUGGAGAGUGCUGGCCAGCUGGAAUUAAGAGCUCUAUCUCUAAUUUAUAAUCGAGAUUUCAUUCUUUACCGGUAUCCUGGAAAGCCACCAAUACAUGUCACAGAUAAUGGCUUUGAAAAAAAGAUUCUUCUCUGUUAUUCAAAUAAUGGCCACUAUGAUUCUGUGUACUCAAAAGAAUUUCAAUCAACUGCAGGAAUUUGCCAAGCUAUAUUAUAUGAAAUGCUUUAUAAAGAUGUAUUUGCUGUGGAUGAAGAACUAUUGAAAACUGCAGUUGAUUUGUUUCGAAGUGGUUCCAGGAGAAACAAAAACCAUGCUUUGACUGGAAAUGUAGAAGCCAGUACUGAUCAGAAAAGCUCAACCCAGGAUAGAAUCAAAGAGAUUGGUGCCAGCUCCAGUAUCGAAAAUACACCAGAAGACAGUAAGCAAGGAACAGAAGAACAGAAGUCUCCAGAAACUCCAUCGAAGAUUCCCUUUCCUUAUAAAGUGCUGAAAGGUCUAGCUCCAGAAAUCUAUCGCAAUAUAGAAUUUGAUGCUUGGUUGGACAGUAGAAAAGAACUUCAAAAACCAGAUUGCAUAGAAUAUGCUGGAAGACUUUACCAUUUAGGGGACAAGUGUCAGGUUUGCUUGGAACCAGAUGGAAAAUAUUAUAAUGCUCAUAUUCAAGAAAUUGAAAGUGACAAAAACUCACUAAUAGUUUUCAUUGAGGAACUGGCAGAAAAGCAUGCAGUUCCCAUGACUAAUGUAAAACCAGUCAACCAAGUGGCACUUCUUCCUUCCUGGAUUACUAUUCCAACCCGUAAAGGAAGAGGUUACCAGGCUAUAACUGGAGGCUAUUUCCCACAAAUAGUUAUGACAGAUAUGAACAUGAAGCAACGGAAGAAGAUGUCCAAGAAAGUUCGAGGAAAAGAAGUUUAUAUGACGAUGGCUUAUAGCAGGGGAGACCCACUUGUCCCACCCAGAAUUCAGCAUAGUAUGCAUUUUGGGCAUGACCCACUAUUGUACUAUUCACAGACAGCUGGCCAAAUUUUGUCUAGUGAACAUUUCUACCCUCAACAUUCAUCUCAAAGACAAGGUCGGGGAUAUGGGAUGCCCAGGGAUUCGUCUCACUUAGUAAACAGGCAAAACAUGCCAAAUCCUAAAGUUGGAUUUUACCCUGGCCAAGGUAGAAGGUGCUGCCAGAGCUCUGAUAAUGUCUCCUAUAGGUCUCGUUCUUUUAGGCGUAGCCACCGUCAGAUGGAAUGCAUGAAUAAGGAAUGCCAGUAUGGUUUUGUUCCUAAGAAUGGCGUGGAAGAAAAUGUUACAUUUUAUGCACUUGAAGGGAAUGAGAAUGCUUAUUCAACUUUACCUAGCAGUGGUAAUUCCACUUCAAUGGUUCCUGUUACUUCAGGAUACCGUGUUGCAAGUCAGGGAUAUAACUCAUGCAAACCAACUUUGAAUUCAGAAAACAGCACUGACCAGUGUGACAACGGAGGAUGUCAUGGAGAUUAUCUUUAUUCUUCAGAACAAGGCUAUGAAACGUCCAGUGUAUAUACCACAACUGUAUCUACAGCAAACCUGUCUCUUCAGGACAGUGAACCAUGUUCUGUGCCUCAAGACACAAUUACCUCAUACAACUACCCCCAGAAGGAUACCAUACAGCCUGUCUUUGUACCUCCUCCUGCACAAGAUAGUCAAGCCUAUCUCCAGCCUUCAGCAGCAACAGCAAUGGCAAUACCACUACCACCACCACCUCCUCCUCCACUUCCUUCUUUAACUUCUUUUGAAGCAGGAGAUGCUUCAGGCUUACCUCCACCACCACCGCCACCACCGCCACCUUUUUCCUGUGAUCCAAGUGGAAGUGAUCUGCCACAAGAUACAAAAGUUUUGCAGUACUAUUUCAAUCUUGGAUUGCAGUGCUAUCAUCAUAACUACUGGCACUCCAUGGUGUAUGUGCCACAUGUGCAACAGCAGCAGCAGCAGCAGCAGCAGCAGCAGCAGCAGCAGCAGCAGCAGCAGCAGCAGCAGCAGCUUCAUGUAGAGAGUUAUCCGGAGUAUACUGAGCAACCUCUUGUAGACCAAAGUGUUCCUCAUUUGUAUAGUGAUGUAGAGAGGGCAGAUGACACACAGGCAGGGGUAUCAACAAAUGAUACUUUUCCCGUUGCUGAUGCCGUACCUGUCCCUCAUGGAGCAGUCUAUUAUCCAGUAAUGGCAGAUCCCUAUGGGUCAGCUUUGCCAGGUUUUGAUCCUUGCAUUCCUGUGGCAUCAGAUUAUCCCAGUGUUGCCAUGUGGCAUCCAGUUGGUCCAGCAUAUGGUGGUUCUGCCCAAAUGCAUGGUGCUAUAAAUUCUGGACCAGUUAACUAUAUGCUUCUACCUAACACACCUCAUUAUACACCUCAGAAUUAAAAUUUGGCAAUAUAAAAUAAUCUUUGCCAUUUUUACUUUUAUGGUUGAUAAAUGUCUUAUUAGUUCUUAAGUGGUGUAGGUGGUAAAAACGUUGAGUAUUGUAUCUCUUUAAAAUUAUUUUACUUUUGAAGUAAAAUAUUUCUUUAAAACAAGGGAAUAUCAAUUUGUUAUGAAUAAGAAAAUUGAAAUGAAUGUACUUCUAGUGCCUAUAAUGAGCAAUUUCAUUGUAGGCAGUUUUCUGUUAGCCAGCUUGUGAACAUUGUAUUAACUGAUGGUGCCAAUUGCUAAAAGAAAGAAAACAUACAACUUGUUUUCUUAAGAUAUGGUGCAUCUUAAUCACCUAUUUGAAAUUGAUAAUAAUUUCUACUUUUCGAGAAAUUUAAGAAACAGGAAAAAAACAAGAACCUAUGCUCCUAAGCAUUUGUUUGAAUUAAAUGAGAUUUCUUUAAGAAUUGUCAGAACUGAAUUGUAGUCUGAUAUUAAUAAGUUUUGAAAGCACAUGGUGUUCUGCUUUACAUUUGCCACAUAUGGUAUUCUUUAAUACUGGAUUUAUAUAACUGUCCUACUGCACAGUAUUAUAGUGUCCUUUGCACAAUUUGCGGUAAAUAAAAGCUAGCAUUUAAAAUUGCCAAAA